AUGUUUUCAGGUCUUACAAAUCAGGUCAGUUCGUGGAUGGGAGCAGCUAAGGGCGACCCUCAAGAUGAAGAGGUUCCCACCCCAACGAAAGAAGCGACAGGAGAGGCAGCUGCAGAGGGGGACAAACAAAGCCCAACCAAGGGUGGAAGCAAACUGGACCUCAUCACAAAUGUAAAGUCACAGAUGACAGGGUGGCUUGGCUCUGGAAUCCCUGGAAUUCCUGGUCUAAAAAAGAAUGAAGCACCCUCAGCUGAUGCUCCAGAGACAGCUCCAGUAGAACCUGCUGAAUUGGCAGAACCCAAGCCAGAGGGGAAAGAAGAUGAUGACAAUUCUAGGUACAUUAGUGCCACCGGUGGUGCGGAUAGUAGACCAGGCUCUACUGGUGGGACACCCACUGAAGAACAACCAGCGGGUGUCGGGAAUGUUUCAGGUCCGCACAGUAGAAAGAUAUUCACAGUUGACGCGAUCGAAGUAUCAAAUAUGCAGGAAUUUACUACCAAGGCGGUCGCUGGAGCGAAGUCCCUUGGGAACUUCCUCUAUUCAGCCGUGAACAAGGCAGGCGCUAAAGUCAGCGAGGCGAGUGCCAAAAUAAAGAAGACUGUUGAAGAAAACUUUUUGACAUUUCGAGUAGCGGACGGAAGUAAAUACCUAUCGGAAACUCGAUUGGAGGACAAUCAAAGUAAUCUGGUGCUCUGGCUGAUUGGAUCUUUGCGGAGACCCUUAAGUGCGGCUGUUGUAUAG